AUGGCCCACGCAGUGAAGCUCCCAGCGGACGAUGCCCGGCCGCCGCUCCAAGGCCAGGAACAAGAGAAACAACCGGAGGCCCCUGCCACCGGAUGCAGCGUGUACGUGGGCAACCUGGCUUGGGGUGUCCGUUCGGCGGAGCUGCAGGAGCACAUGAGUCAGGCGGGUGAGGUUGUGCGCGCGGACGUCUUCGAGGAUUACCAGGGCAGAAGCAAAGAACGCCCCAUAUUCGUCCGAGAAGACCGCGAGGAGGGAGGAGGCAGCGGCGGCAAGUUCUCUGGAGGCCGGGGACGUGGGCGUGGCCGUGGAGGCUUCUCUGGGGGCCGCGGCGGCUACCAAGGAGGCCAAGGCGGGGGCUACCAGGGUAACAAUCAACAGGGAACUUCCGGCAGCAGCUACCAGGGGGGCAGCGGCGGGGGAACUGGAGGGCGUCAGGUGUUCGUGUCGAAUCUGCCAUGGAAGACAUCUUGGCACGAUCUCAAAGACCUGUUCAGGGAAUGCGGUGAAGUCAUCCGGUGA